CGUGUACGGCGCCGUCGAGCUCGGUGGCGGGCAGCAGCAGGACGAGCGAGGGGGCGAGCGCGAGGGGGACGAGAUGGCGAUGCAGACUCGUGAGGGCCUCUUUGUCGCACGCCUUCCAGCCGCCCUCACGCUCGACACGCCCAUGCCCUACACGCACGUGCCCAAGGACCGCGUCUAUGCCCACCUCGCGUUCGACCUCGAGUCGGGCCUGUACGUCGGCGCGACGCUCAACGAGACUCGCUUUGUCGCGUUCGACGAGGACGGCCAGCCGCUGUGGAGGGAGCAAGAGCCGAGCCUGAUCGAGCCGACUAACUACCGCUCGACGCUCGAGCUCUUGACACCGGGCUCGUGGCAGGCCAUUCACGGCUACGAGUUCCGCCAGAACGAGUUUGUCACGUCGCUCAAGUCGGUCAGCCUCGCGUCGAGGAGCAGGGCAUCCGGGCAGCGCGACUUUCUCGCCGUCGGCACGGCCGUGUACCGCGCCGAGGACCUGGCGACCAAGGGUGGCAUCUACGUGUUCGAGGUCGUGGCCGUCAACCCGCACCCGUCGACGCCGCACCUGACGCACCAGUUGCGGCUCCUGUUCUUCGAGGACUCGAAGGCGGCCGUCAACAACGUGUGCGACCUCAACGGCUACCUGUUCCUGUCGAUGGGCCAGAAGCUGUACGCUCGCGCGUUCGAGCAGGACGAGUUCCUCCUCGCGGUCGGGUUCCUCGACGUCGGCGUCCACGUCAAGAGCCUGACGGCGCUCAAGAACUUUCUCCUCAUCGGCGACGAGCAGCAGAGCAUCUCGCUCGUCGCGUUCCAGGAGGACCCGUACAAGCUCGUCCUGCUCGGCCGCGACUACCGCCCCUCGCGCGUCGGGAGCGCCAACUUUAUCGUCAACGAGGGCAAGGUCGCGUUCGUGUCGAACGACGACGGCGGCAACCUGCGCUUGUUCGAGUACGACCCGACGAACAUCGCCUCGUACGCCGGCCAGCGCCUCCUGUGCCGCACCGAGUUCCACGCCGGGAGCGAGUCGCACGCGAGCAUCCUGUUCGCCAAGCACGCGCCGGGCGAGGACGCGCGGCAGAACGGCAUCCUGUACGGCGGCCUCGACGGCUCGCUGUCGACGCUCGUGCCCGUCCGUGACGCCGUCUUUCGCCGGCUGCAGUCGCUCCAGGCGACGAUGACGAGGCACGUGCUGCACUUUGCGGGCCUGAACCCGCGAGGUCACCGCAUCGUCAAGAACGACUCGGUGUCGCGCGCCAUUGUCAAGGGCAUCCUCGACGGCGACCUGCUCGCGACGUUCGAGACGCUCCCGCUCGAGUACCAGAACGAGCUCGCGGCCGCGGUCGGGACCGACGCCGACACGGUGAGGGCGAACCUGAGGAACCUGCGCGGGUUCGAGUAGCUUGUGCGCUGCAACGGUCCUUGAGCAGAGCG